AUGGGUACCAGAAGACCUGUUGAACAGGUGAGAACCAGUACAAAGCUGCACUGCUGCACCGCCAGCCUCAGACGUCGCCAAGAAAUCAGUCCACACAGCUCCGGACACCCAGCUGAGUAGGGUCCUACAGAUCUUACAAUUUCUUCAACUGUCGGUCGCCAACCUAGCAAAAUGUCAGGAGUUCUUACCAGGAGGUGUGCGCUUCUGUUGCUCCUACUCUUCAUCAAACUGGAUAAUGAUGGGGCAUACAGUAUGGAGGUGCAGUCGGCUGCUGAGAUGGGACCUGACCCAGAAGAGACCCCUCUAGACGAGCUGCAGGACAUACUAGAUGAACUUGAGAUGGAGGAAAGCAGUCUGGACCUGUACUAUCACCAGAAAAAAUACAAGGAGCUGGAUAGUCAAGGUCAAUGCACUAACAAGAACACACAGUGCCAUGCCUGGUCCUGUCGUGACGAGUGUCACAAGAACCCUGCCUACAUGAGGCCUAAGUGCACCUGGAGCUGUGGGGCCUGUGGACCACUACGUAGCUGCGUUGACAAGAACAAGAAUUGUGACGCCUGGAUGAAGAGAGGGGAAUGCACCAAAAACCCUAACUACAUGUUACCUAACUGCUGCUGGAGCUGCAUGGCAUGUCCAACAGGCACCUGCAAGGAUCGCCAUCCACAUUGCGCCUACUGGGCCUGUAUUGGAGAAUGUGAGAAAAACCCUCGCUACAUGCUGAUCAACUGUCGGGGCAGCUGCAACGUUUGCCGCCAAAAUGGCAACAACAAUCCAGUGAAGGCCGGCGAGAACUGUCCUGAACCUCAAGCUAAAGUCCCAAAACCUACCUGCCACCAGAAGGUGGACGUCAUGGUUCUGAUGGACGGUUCGGCCAGUGUGCAGAGGAGGAACUUCCCGGAUGUCAAGAACUUUGUCCUCACCCUGGCAGCUGGCUUCGACUUCGGUGCCAACGGUGCCCGGGUGGGCGUGUACCAGUACGCCAUCGGGGUGCAGAAGGAGAUUGGGCUGAACCAGUUCAACAAUCGACAGGAUUUGCUGGAUGGAAUCAAAGGGAUCACCUUCAUGGAAGGCAUGGGCACGCUUACUGGUGCAGCACUGACCAAAAUCCAGCAGGACUUCACCACUGCUAAUGGCGCACGCCCUGGGGUGAAGAAGAUCUAA